UUUUUUUUAAUGGUAUAGUGUCCCCGUCACUAUACUGGACCAUUAGGACCCACACAGGCUUCAGAGUGAGCUCUCCUUACUGAUCCCAUGCCUCUCCCAGCAGCAACUUUAGCUUUCCCAGGAGGUCUCCCAUCAAGGUACUGGCCAGGCUCACACCUGCUUAUCUUUAGUGGGUUUCCAAUUGUGAGUUGCAGGGUGACAUAGCUGCAUACUGCAUUGGCUUGGUUUGUGUUCUUGUGAGUCACAGGCCUUAUAAGUCGUGCUGUGGUUUCACUGGUUCCUCUCAAAUGAGAGGUCAGUAUCUGAGUUUUCCCACCUGCUGCCUCUACCUUUUGGUCACCCAGAUGUCAUAUCUGUUCACUUUUUGUGCUCUCAUUUGUGCACUGUUGUUGUUCUGGGGAGGUGAUGGCUCUAAACAGUUUUCCCCUUAAAGUAAUUCUCUAUAUUACUGGGUAAAUGAUAGCUUAAUGAAACCGAGUUGUGUGGUGUUUUUGUUGAGUUAUCUGCUUAUGUAGCCAUAGUUGACUUUUAUAAGAUGAGCUCUCCUAUGUUUUGUGUUUGCUUAAAGAAAAAUAUAAGCUCACAAUGUUUCUACCCCAUUCUUCUUUAGAUUGUGCAGCAGCUUUUCUGGAGGGCUUAUGGCAUUUCAAGCACUUCUGCUCUGUACACUUAGCUAGAGGGAUAUGAUGCCAAUGCUCUGUUUUGAAGCCCUUCCCUGAGUCUUGGUGCUAAUCCAGUGAAUCUCAUCCCACUUGUGCAGACCUUGAGAAGGAGCUGUUUCGAGAUGGAGCUCAGAACCCUGCCCGAGGGGUCGUUGUCAGUGUCUGCGCAGAAGAUACUGGCAGCCAUUCGAGAACAGUACACUGACAGAACUGCAAAGGCCAGACAGAGUAGGCAGAUAGCGGAGAGAGGCAGCGAGAGAAGUCAAGGAUCUCUGAGAAGAGAGAGCAGGAGUGGAUUCUGGGAGCAGACAGUCCCUGUGUCGGGUUGCUGGGGUGGAGCAAUCAGGGGAAAGGAGUCAUUGUUGGCUGCCCAUUUUCCGAGCGGGGUUAAUCAGGGAAAGCCAGCUGCCUGCUACAAGGAGAGGGCCCGGGAAAACAGGGCACAGACCGGACUGCCGGGCCGUGCUCAGACAGCACAGCUGGGCGCCAGGCAUGCUGAGAGCAGGGGAGCCGAAGCUGUCCGGCCGCUCCAGGCAGACGUGCUCCGCAUGAAGAGGUUUGAACAGGAGAGCAACUGGGGAAGUGGGUGCUGUCAGACAGAUUCCCUGGAAUCUGUGGAGCCCAGCGGUACUAAUGCAUCCCAGAUAAGUGAUUUGAAACCAGACAGGAUGCGGUACAGUGCGAGUCUGGGGACUGAAGAUACCUUCUCUCCUUCUGGUGAUCAAAGACAUUCUUUACAGCAGCCUGAUCUGGAAUCUAGACGCUUAGCAGUGGAACGGAAGAGCUCUGCUCCCGUGUCUCUGGAGGGCCAUAAAAUGGAAAACCAGUUUGAGAGAUCACAGAGUACCGAGAUCCCACUUCCAUGUGGCAAAGCAGUCAGUUCAGGGAUUUCGCUGAAGAGGAAGCGUAUGACCCUGUCCGACAACGCUAAGAAGCCGGGCAAGUGGGAGCCAUCUCUAGAUCGGGGCAGUUCAGAGAAGCCUGAAACUGGGAAGGAAAAGGUCGGCACAGCUUCUGCAGGUCUUAAGUCCCCUGUAGCUGUGACCUCUGAAGCUGGUGUGUGCGAUGCCAGCAGACUGAGCCAGGAGGAGAGGGCCCUCGUCCUGAGGGAAACCGCACAGGCGUCGGUGAUCGUUCUGACCAUGGUCUACCAGGACGGCACUGCCCAGCUCAACGCUGAACAGAAGUCCUGUCCCCCAGUCAGUGGGGUCCUUGUGUUGUUGAAGAGUGAGCUGGAUGCGAUGGAGUCUGAAGGGUGUAGUGCAGGCCUUCCUGGCUCAGAGGGCUCAGGCUGUAAGGUUAUCUUCCUGAAGCUGGAGCAGAGGCCUGCAUGGGCACAGCAAGGAUACAGACAGGACCGCUUCUCCAAAGAGAUGCUUCUUUGCAUUCUGGGAAGUGCCCAGGAUGUCAUCUGCUUUAAAGCUAAAGAUCUGCUGUGCACCGCUCUUCAGUAUUUCGGGAAGGAGAUCAGCUGGAAACAAGUCGCCCUCUGCAGAAUUCUGGACCCUCAGAUCGCAGCCUGGCUGUUGGAUCCUGCCGACACUGCUUCCUGCUUCUGGGACCUUGUGGCCAAACGCUGCAAAACCCGAGCUGCAGUCAAGCCUUGUGCUGGAGCCAGGGAGCCGAAUGUGAGCGGCAGCCUCCUGGUGCUCUAUCGGCUUAUGAUGGAUCUCCGUGCCAGUUUGCAGGAGCAAGGCCUGUGGAAGCUGUUCUGUAGUGUGGAGCUCCGACUCACCACAGUACUGGCAGUCAUGGAAAUCCAUCGGAUACAUGUAGACAAGGAUGCACUGGAGAAAACGUCUAAGAUCCUGGGGAUGAAACUGAAGCAGCUGGAGCAGGAGGCUCAUCAGGCAGCAGGGCAGCAGUUCCUGGUUUCCAGCAGCAGUCAGCUCCGCGUGGUCCUGUUUGAGAAGCUGCGCCUUCAUGAACGCUGCGAGAACAAGAAAUUGCCCAAGACCGUCCUCAGGCAGCAGCAGUCCACCUCUGAGGCCACUUUAAUGCAGCUGCAAGACCUCCAUCCUCUGCCCAAGAUCAUCUUGGAGUACAGGCAGGUCCAUAAGAUCAAAUCUGCUUAUGUGGAUGGAAUUCUUUCAUGCAUGAGUAAGGUAAGUUAGAUAUGUGAUGUAACCUCACUUGCAUUUCAUUAAAGGCUUCAAAAUAUGUCAAUAUGUGAUUUAUGGGGACUUAAUAUUUUAAAUAUCUGUACGUCACUGACAUUUUGUGAAGUUUACCAGCUUUACUUAUGGAAAAUGUACUUUUUUCUGUUGGAUUUUGGAGCUUUACCUCUUCAUCUGGGCUCUGAUAUAGUCCUGGUGUUCUCAGUGCUUGGGGGGCAAGUGAUGGUUUUAAGUAAGUGAGCUGGAAUUAUCUGGUACCAUGUAUACUUCCUGUUGACGUUGCUCUUGUUCCUUCUUUUUCAAUUGUUUUAGUCAUCUCUGGAGCAUACUGUAUGUAUUCUUGUGGUCUUUAGUUACUAAAUUUCUUGUAAAUGUAAGCAAUGGAAUUGUGAGAGCCGAGCACCCAGGUGCCACGUUCUGUAUAAUAAGGAACGUAAAACUUUUUUCUGCCCUGUAAUUUUGACUUGUGGGUCUGAAAGGUGCAGGGGAUCUGUUACAUGCAAGUUUUGAAGUAAUACAAUGGGGUGUAGCAGGGUGACGUGAGGAUUAGCAUUGCUCUCUCACAGCGCUGGGCCCUGGGUUCAGUUCCAGACCUGGGGUGCUGUCUGCGGGGAGUUUGUGUAUUCUCCGCUUCUUCAUGUGUUCCAGUUUCCCUCCCGCAAUCCAGAAACACACUGGCUCCUGGGAAGGUUCGCCCUGGUGGUAGUGCCUGCCUGUGUGUGCCCUGCGAUUGAGUA